UUGCGAAGCGCUCGCCUUAAAUCAGCUGGAGGCGGUGCUUGUAAAAAAAAAAAAAAAAAAAAACUGACAGCAGGCCAGGAGAUUUCACAUAAGAGCAAAUUAGCUUUUUCCCAGCCGCAGCUCCUUUCGGAAUCGACAAAAUGCUGACGAAUUGUGCCACCAAGACACUGGCCGCAGUGCGCAGUGGAAUCCGGGCAAUCACCACCAGCGGCGUCCGGGCCAGUGACAAUCUCUUCGUGCAUCGCGACACCCCGGAGGAUAACCCGAACAUCCCGUUCGAGUUCACCGCAGAGAACAAGAAGCGCGUGGAGGCAAUCCUCAGCAUCUAUCCGGAGGGCCACAAGCGGGGAGCGAUGAUCCCCCUGCUGGAUCUGGCCCAGCGCCAAUACGGCUGGCUACCGAUCUCGGCCAUGCACAAGGUGGCCGAGAUUCUCGAGCUGCCCAAUAUGCGCGUCUACGAGGUGGCCACCUUCUACACGAUGUUCAUGCGCAAGCCCACCGGCAAAUAUCACAUCCAGGUGUGCACCACCACGCCCUGCUGGCUGCGCGGUUCGGAUGAGGUCCUGGAGACGUGCAAGAAGCAGCUGGGCAUCGGUGUCGGUGAUACCACCAAGGACAAGAAGUUUACCAUUUCGGAAGUGGAAUGCCUGGGUGCUUGCGUCAAUGCGCCCAUGGUGGCGGUCAACGAUGAUUAUUAUGAAGAUCUGACGGCCAAGGACAUGCAGGACAUUUUGAGGGACCUUAAAGCCGAUAAGCCAUCGCCGCCUGGUCCCCGCAAUGGACGCUUUGCCAGCGAGCCAAAGGGUGAGCCCACAUCCCUAAGCGAGGAGCCAAAGGGUCCCGGUUUCGGCCUGCAACCCGGCCUCUAGGGGAUUAACACAGCCUGGGAGCAUCUAGCCAAUAACACCGUAUCACUGAUUGUCGAGCGAAAAUGUUAAAUAAAAGUUAAGCAACUCUAAGAGGGCCUUGAUAACCGA